AUGACGCGAAAAGCAUCGCCUCCUCAGUAUAUUGAGAAUACCUCCAAAUUUGUUACUUUGAAGGAUCUUUCAUUUUCACCAAAGCUUCAUAUAAGCUCACUUUCUCAUUAUGAAGGUGAUUUUUCUGAAUCAAAAGACCUGAAACUUUGGAACUAUAGGUUGAGUUGCGGCAGUUCAUUCUGUGAAGAUAAUUCUCGAGAUGACUUUGAAUUGAUGAUAAAAGAAAAUUUGAUAGCAAAAAAAUUGGAAUAUUCAGAAGCAGAAUUGAACAAUUCAGGUUCCGAUUUUCCUCAGACGGAUUAUUUUCAACUAAGACUCAACGAUGAGCGGCCUCAUGGAUUUAAGCCAGAACCGGACGAACUCGCUCUGGUCUUAACGGCAAUUUCCGAUAGCAGUGUACAUUGGAAUCUCAAAUGGCGAAAUAAGAAGGACGAAUUGAAGGAUGAAAAUACCAUAUCCGUGUCAACUUUUAAAAGAGGUCGAUGCUGGCUCUAAGAGUGAUAAAGAAAAAAGGAGAAUUUUUAGUAGCGCGGCGGUUAAGAGUGGAGGAGAAGUGAUGGAAAAUCAGUGGCAUAAGAAGAAGGAAUGAGAAGCGUGGGCGUCCGCGGUGAUCGGUGAGGAGGACCCGCGAACCGCAAAAGAGAGCGAUAAUAUAUGUAUGCCGCUACAGCAUCACUUGGACAUUUCUCGAAACAAGACAACCGGCUUAACGGUCCUUGUCCACCUUCCAAAGCGUUAGCGUGUGCAACUCACAUGCGUGUACCUUGCUCUUGUUACUCGGUCAUGGGGAGAAAAGCAUGGACC